AUGCAAGUGAGAUUUCCUGAGGUGUCCAAUAAUUCUCAUCAAAAGCUACAAGGUCUUAGAGCACAACUAAGUUUUUUGCCUCGAACUGAUGGCUCUUGUGCCUUGGAACAAGGUGCCACUGUAAUAUGGUGCGGAAUCAAUGGUCCUGGUAACGCUUCUUCGAAGCGACUCAGUGAGCGUCUGCUCAUUGACAUCCUUUAUAAGCAUGCUUAUGGACUAAAGGAAUCUGUUAAGAUUAAUCGAUUAUUGGGUGCUGCAUUGAAACAUACAAUAGAUCAUGUUCACUAUCCGCGUAUUGUUCUGAAUGUCACCCUGCAGUUAUUACAGAAAGGUGGCUGUGAGGCAGCUGCAGCUUUAAAUGCUGCUUGUUUGGCAGCUCUCGACUUAGGUAUUAUUAUGAAUGGGAUGUUUUGUGGAGUUACUGUGGCAGUUUCUCAAGGACAUCUCAUUCUGGAUCCAGUUUGUGCACAAUGCUCUUCUGCCGAUACAGUCUAUACAUUUGCAUUUUAUUCGAGUGGAGAAGAAUCGACGAAAACAGUGGCUUGUGAUACGGAUGGAACAUUCGAAUACAGUACAUUUGAAGCUGCAAGAACACUGGCUAAACGUGCAUCUGCCGAUAUUUUCAUAUUUUACCGAGAAAUUUUGCAAAGGAAACUUAGCGUUGAUAUUUGGAAGUAG